AGGUCCUGGACAGCAACCCCUUGUCCCGUGUCCAUAAUCCCCUGCUCUCGCCUCUCCUCUCCUGGCCUGGCUUCGCUUUUUUUUUUCUCCCUCCUAUCUCUUCUUGGUCAACUUCUUUUCUCUUAUUCCCCCCUCCUUUCUUUUCCCCCUCGUCAACGCCUUCGCUCAUCGCUCGGCCUGUUCGUCACUCUCCUCGACGCCCUCUUCUUCUAAUCGCAAAUUCGACGAGCACCGAUCCCGUGUUGCUUCAAACGUUUGCGUCGCGUCGUGCGAUUGUGCUGUUCAGCCUCACCUCCUUGAUCUCACUGCCGUCGUCUCAUGACGAGGUAGCCUUUUCGUCUGCUCAUCCUCCGCCCUUUAUCGGAUAACAUCUUUCGUCGACUUACCUUCCAGGAUAUCUCGACGACUGCCAGUCGUUACUUUCACCUGCAACCUGUUGAAAUAAACCCUUCGAUGUCGGCCGGCUCCACUACGACUUUCGCUCCGCAUACAAGUUAAUUUUCGCCAUCACCUGUCUCAACCAGUAAAUCCUACCAUCACACGCACCCGCCGUACAAACUCUAGCGAACCGACAACCCCUCGGCCUAAGCGUGCCAGACUCUUAAGCCUAGUAUGCAGCGGCGCCAUUCAGUCACCAUGGCCGCCCGCAACAACAAUAAUUCGCGAGGCCCAUCGGGCAGGAAGAUCGAUCCUCUUCUCCCCUAUUCCAUCAUUUCAGAAAAAACGAAGAAACCCAGACUUCGUAUGCGAUCACUUCUGGGACCCUGCCAUGCCCGAAGGGUGUUGACCUGGCUUUUUGGCGUGGCUGUGCUCAUCACCCUGAUUUUUGUAAAAUCCCGAAGUUCUGGCUACAGUGUUGGAAAGAUGAGCGGCACCAAGACUCAGCAACCCAUUGCGACCGCUACCGUCUUGAACACACACGGCGAAACUGUUGUAAUGCUCACCGGUGAUAUGGAUGGUGAUGGAAAGCUCGAAACUGUUCCUGAAGGCGAAUAUGUUACUGCUGAUGAAAAGAAAGAAGUUGCUGCGCAACUUGAGAAGAUGCCUUGGUUGAGAUUUCCUCACCUCGACGGGUACUUCCACGGUCUUCGUACUAUUGUCAGCAAAGCCAACCUUGUCCCCGAAUAUCCCAAUAUCACUGAUAAGGCUCCGAUGCCCUCUCCCACUAUGAGCGACCAUGUGCCUAAGCCUCAGAAGUACAUUCCUUAUGACCAUGGCAGUGAUGUCAAGACCUGCUAUCUCGAUUCCAAGAAGUCGGUACCUGCUCCUGAUCUGUAUGCUUACAAUGGCGUUCCUCAGCACAUGCCGGAUCCCGCUAUCGGUUCGUACAAGCUCCUCGGACUCAGAGACGAUAUCUGUUUCGAUCGUUUCAGUCGGUAUGGACCUUACGGCCUGGGUUAUAGCAGAGCCCAGGGCGGUCUAGAUACUGGCUUGGACACUGAGGCUUCUGGUAACGAGCAUGUUUGGGCAGAGACUGGGAAAAUCAAUUACAUCGAUGUCAACUGGGCAGAUGCACAGGAAGAUUGCUACAAAGCCAAUAAGCAUCGAUUCAAGCAGGUCAACCCUGACACUCAGGAACUCUCGGAGACAAGCGACAAGAAGGGACGCAUUGCUGUCGUCGUUCGAACAUACACCGGCUUCAAGUGGACUGAACUAGCUGUGCUGAACUUCCGGGCGCUUAUCAGUGAGCUUUCCCUGCGAUCCGGUGGUGAAUACCAGGUUCACUUCCUGAUGCAGGUGCGAAACAUUGAUGAGCCCAUCUGGUCUGAUAAGUGGACUGUACAGCGCAUCAUCAAUGACAACGUCCCUGCUGAGUUCCGAGGCCUAGUAUCGCUCUGGAGUGAGCCUCAAAUGAGACUCAUGUACCCCGGACGAUUUGGCGAGACGAUCGAGAACCCUAGUGGUGCCGAUAUUCACGGCAUCUACCGUAGCGCCCACUUCCCUCUCCAAGUUUUCGCUAUGCAACACCCCGAGUAUGAACACUACUGGAACUGGGAGAUGGAUAUGCGAUAUCUGGGCAGCUACUACGAAUUCUUUGACCGCCUAGGCAAGUGGGCCAAGGAGCAACCUCGAACUCUUCUCUGGGAACGCAGCGCUCGCUACUACAUUCCUCCCUACCAUGGCACUUGGGAGAACUUUUCUCAAACUGUGCAGCAUGACACUCUGGCCUCAGGUCGCGCUCCCAUCUUCGGCCCGCUAUCGUUCGAGGGCAAGGAACAGCUACGACACGAUGAGUGGGGUCAAUCGAUGAUGCCCCCUUCAUGCAGCUCUGAUGCUCCCGAUCGAUCCAAGUGUGGUGUUGGUGAAGAGGCUGAUAUUAUCACUCUCAAUCCACUGUUCGAUACCGAACAAUCUGGCUGGGUCUUCUCGGAUGAUGCUACAGGUUACAAGGCUCCUCCUCCGCGACGAUGCGCCAUCAUUACUGCGUCACGUCUCAGCCGUCGUCUGCUGAUGUCCAUGCAUGAAGAGGUUUGGCGAUACCACCACACCAUGUUCUCCGAGAUGUUCCCUCCAACCGUUGCGCUGCAUCAUGGUAUGAAGGGAGUAUACGCCCCACACCCAAUCUUCCUUGACCGAGCCUGGUACCCUUUCAGUGAAAUUGAUGCAGCCUUCAACGCUGGUCGUGAUCAUUCGACAUCUGGUCCUGGCAGUCCUUUUGACCAACUCAACGAGCAUAAUCACAAGGGCACCAGUUGGUACUUUAACAGCGAGUUCGCUGGUCUGAUGUGGCGCCGAUGGUUGGGCUAUGCCCAGCUAGAUGGCCGUGGCAAGCAUGGAGGUCGUGCCAAUGAGGGACGGGAGCGAGGUGGCAAGACAGAAGAGAUGAACGAGAACAGCAGCGGCCGGUUAUGUCUGCGUGGUAUGCUGGUGCAUCCCAUCAAGUUUGAGCAUCCUUCAGAGAAACCUUGAGCCUAGGACACGAAACCAAGUCCCUCUUCAACCUUGUCGCCGUCAUGAGCAAGGCGACGCUACAUGUCCUCCCUCUACCAGCGCACACGACAGACAUCACCACGCACAUAUGCAUUUGCAGGAGCAUCUGUACAAAUAUACCCACGACUACUGAAUGGCAAGACAUCCGAUUCCUAGUACCACCAUGACGAUGAGGGAGAUGACGCGAUUUCUAUGCAUCCAUUUUAUCCAGUUCCUUCCUUCGUCCGGCUUGCAUUCCGUUUACGGACCCAGCGAACUUGUCCUAGAAUUACCUAGACACUUUAUUAUUUGAACCUUAUCAUACCUUACUUAUUUCUUCACUUCCAAGGUUUGGGUAUUCUCUCGGCCAAGGGUUUCCAGAACGUCGUCCUAAUUCGUCCCCUCUCGUCUCGGCUGGGAAUCAUUCGAGGUUGUCUGCAUAUUUCAAACCCAAAAUUCACUGUUUUCAACUUGUCUGUUAAUUCUCUGUUCUUUUUAUUUAUUUUACUUUUGUCACUCAAUCAGUGUGGCAUGUCGUUUCUGGGUAUGAGGCAUCCAGGACCAAACGCGGAAGGGUUCUCCGCGCAUGCUACGGGGCGUUCUGGACCGGGGAAUUUUGGGAAGACAAAUGUGAACAUGGUGCGACUUGUAUAGAUUCGAUCUAGUAUUAGAGGUGGCAGUUUGGUGUGAAAUUCUAACUGGGUUUGAAACCAACCUUUUGGUUUGAUUGUUGAUAUUCGUAAUAUAGGCCAAACGCUGCUCAACAGGCAACAUCCGAAGUAAACUUGGUCCAGUGUGGCUGGCAGUCGGUUCAGCGAUAGAGCCACAGGUCUUCCCCAUGGUUAAAGGCUUUUGGAAACGAACUUUGGUACCUCAUUGGCGGGUGCCUCAAGUCAGCUUCGGGCUAAUGUAAGAUGAAUAAACUCGCUACAAAUGCAGGGAAAAGGUUCGAGAUCAGGGGCCAAACUUUACACAUGAACUGUUUCGAUACCACAGGGAAGACUGAUGUGUGACAACCCACACUAUCCAUUGGAUUCUUUGGAUAGCUUUGUUAGUAGGGGUAAGCAACAAUCAUCGAUCCGUUUCUCCGUAGUCCGG